AUGGCAGAUUCAAACAGUGAACACUCAUUGGACUCAAAAAAGAGGAAAAUGAAUACUAAUGAAUCAAUAGAAGAGCAAACUGCUGAAUCCUCCCAAUAUGAAAUUGUUGUUUUAAAUCUAUUGGAUUUUCAUGAUAAAGAAGAAUUCAUUUCAUCAUCAUCAUCAUUACAUGACCUCACGGAAAUAUUCACAAUCAAGAUGCGAUCUCAUCCAUUGGUUCCUUUUUCAUUGAAUUUUGAAGCAACUCACACAUUUGGUACUACAAAUUCAGGACGCUUUAUGGAUUAUGGUGACAUCAAAAACAUGAUGAUGCAUGCUUGUUAUGCUGCAAUUUCUCACAAAUUCAAUACUCUUCUUGUUUGUGAUCCACAAUUUAUUGGAAGAGGAAGAAUUCAAGUGUUUGAUUUGGACACUAAAAAACCAAUCAAAUCAAUUUAUUUGAUCCGUCCUCGAUCCAUGUGUGUUGAGAAGCAUGUACAUACGAUCAACAACAAUGAAUAUUUGAUCGUUUCAUGUCAGGAUGGAAUAUUAAAACUUGAUUUAACAUGUCUUCUAUUAGAAUCCUCGUCACCCUCUCAAAAGAAGGCUCUCAUUUGGAAAAACGAUCAUUACAAACAUCCUAUUGAAAUUAGUAGUAUGGAUAUCUUGUAUGCAAGAAAAUACCAUCCUAUAGAUGGUGAUCAUUGGAUAUUUAUAUGUAAAUUCAAAUCCACUCUGGAAAGUAGUGGUGUGGACAUUUUGAGUGUCUCCACAGGACAAUGUCUCUCCAAAAUCACAAAUUUUCUCUUUCCACCUUAUGGUAUCGCCACUUCAAAUAGUGAACGAUUUGUUGCGGUUGUGGAAACGAAGGGCUCUUCCAUUAAAAUAUUUGAACAAGUGCCAAUGAAGAACAAGAUUCAAACCAUCACUUCCAAUGAGAGAAACCGUCAAGAUGGAUGCAUUUUGGAAUGGAAAUGUGUGAUAGAAGUUCCUUUCAAUGACCAAUUUCCAAAUCUCUUUAUUCAGAGAUUACUCGUCUAUGAUGAAGUCUCUAAAAAUCUCAUCAUGUAUGAUUGUUGUAUUCACUUGAUAAUGAUCUUUAAUAUGAAUGGUGGAGGCACAUGUGGUUGUGGUCAAUACAUAAAGAGCCAUCUCGUGUCACCAAAUCAAAAUGUAUUUCAUUUCAGCGAGAUUGCAAUGCCCCAUGCCAUUUGUUUGAAUGACCACACAGGAGAGUUAAUAGUUUGGAAUCAGAACAUGGGUUGUAUUCAAAUCUACAAGUAA